AUGGGUCGCCUGCGCCUGGGCUACACAAAAUCUCGGACAGGGUGUUUUCGGUGCAAGCAGAGGCGCGUCAAGUGCGACGAAAGCAAACCCAUCUGCAAAGCUUGCGCCCGCCACGGCGUCUCCUGCACCUACCCCGAGCCCGGGACCAGGCUGCUGACUCGGUCAUCCUCCUCCGCGACUCCACAUCCCGGCCCGCUCAGAGUGUCCACUUCCUCCGCCAGUCCCACCGAAAGCCAUGGCCUCGACACCCAAACAGCUUCAUCUACGCCUCCUAUCGACCCCGGUACUCCUGUGCCUGUUCCAGCGAUACCAGCCCCAGGACAAGAUCCCCAAGAUUGGGUAACAGACCUUCAACUCCUGCACCACUACACCACGACCACCUCUCUCACCUUCCCAGCCCUUUCUCUCCGCAACGACCCGUCUAUCCGCCGUCUCUGGCAGAUUGAGGUCCCGAACCAAGCAUUCGGACAUCCCUUCCUCUUACACCAGCUCCUCAGCAUCUCAGCAAGCCAUCUAGCUAGAUUAGAACCGCACAACCGCAAACAAUGGUCCCUUCGCGCAUCUCAUCACCAAAGUUUAGCCCUGAACGGGAUGCAAGCCGCCCUAGGACAAAUCGGGCCUGUAAAUUGUCACGCCCUAUUUGCUGCGUCAAGUUUGCUGUUUAUGGCCUCUCUUGGGGCGGCUGAUCCGUCCCGGACGGAGGAGUUUACUGUUGAUGCAUUGGUCGAUAUAUUCCUCCUUAUUAAGGGGGUUAAUAUAGUGCUUGAUUCGUCGAGGGAGAUGAUCAAGAAUGGGCCGUUGUCGGAAUUCGUCACACUACGCCAGGGCGCAGAGGAGACGCCUGAGGUCCUUACAAGGGUCACGCAUGCUCUCGAGGGAUUGUUACUCGAUUUGCUUGAGUCCAAGGACUCCCUCUGCAGCAUUAUCCGUGCCGAGGUUAACCGCAUGCUGCAAGCAAUCAAGAUGUCUGUGGAGCGAAGCAGGGAUCCGAUGUAUAGAAUGAUUGCCAUCUGGCCGAUAAUGAUGCCGGAUGAGCUGGUACGGUUGUUGAGGCAGAGGAGUCAGGCUGCGUUGGCGCUGCUGGCGUAUUAUUGUGUUGUGUUUAGAGCAGCAGAGUUAGAGGGCAAGGCACCCCUUCGUGUCUCCUAG